UUUUACCUGGCAUCUCUGGUAUAAAGUAUUUUGUUAUAAGCGUGUAUUUGAAGAAAUAUUCUAUAUACUAGUUUUAGUAUAGAUUUAAAUGUAUUAAUUGUUAUCAAUUUUUUUCAAUAGUAGAUUUGUUAUCGAUCGAACUGUAUACGAUGCAAACUGUGAAGCAAAUUGAAAAACGCAUAGCUGAGGUAGAGUCUCGUAACUUUCAAUUAGAAUUCGAUCAUUCCGUCCCGGUGGUGGAAAUCGAUCAUGACGCUUGGAUCAAAAUAGGAUGUCGGAAAGUUACCAUGGCGGAAGAAACUAAUUAUUGCGAAGCUGCAUUGUUAAAUGAGAUCCUGAAACUAAAAUCUACGCUGAAUGAUAUAAGCCAACAACUAAUUGAUAAGGCGCGAUAUAAGAGCAACUUAUUUGAGGUUAAGAAAGGGCAAUUCAUGACCCGAGCAGCAAUCAAGAUCGCUAACUUGGAUGCGAUGUUCGAUUGGAGCCUUUGUCAGAGAUCGGAUCGAAAUAAUUCUGAUGAAGAUUUAUUAUAUUUUGUAGAUAUUUUUGGAGGACCAGGAGGUUGUAGUGAAUAUGUGUUGUGGCGUAAUGGGGGUUGGAAUGCAAAAGGUUUCGGGUUUACAACAAAAGGUGAUUACGAAUUUCACCCUGAGAUGAUUCGAAUGGGUGCUCCGGAAACACUAGAUCCAUUCUACGGUAUUAAUGAUAGCGGAAACAUUUUUGACCCUAAUAACAUUCGAGAUUUCAUUGAAUACGUCAUGGUCCAAACAGAUCGUCUUGGUGUACAUUUAAUCAUGUGCGACGGAGGUUUUUACGUGAAAAAUAGUUGCCAAGAAAUUAUAUCCAAGCAGUUGUAUUUGUGUUUAUCUCUACUGGCAGUGAGUGUGGUUCGUCCUGAGGGCAACGCUAUUCUGAAGGUGUUUGAUUUAUACACACCAUUUAGCGUUGGUUUAAUUUACAUUUUAUCAAAAUGCUAUUCAAAAGUUUCUAUUGUAAAACCAGUCACAUCACGUCCUGCAAAUUCGGAGCGAUACGUAAUCUGUCAGAAACGAUUGAAUCGCGAUCAAGCAUUCAGCGAUUACCUUUUCUCGAUUAACCGAGUCCUAUGGGAUCACAAGCAUCUUGGCUACGACAUACAACACAUUGUUUCGGAAGAUGUAAUUAAAAAUGACACGUCUUUCUUGAGGUUUAUCCGAAACUCCAACGACUGUUUCGCUCGUUGUCAGAUCAAAGGACUGAAAAUGUUGAUUGCUGCUACGGCUGGCUCGUACAAAGCAAUGUCGGUUGAUCGCCAACUACUUCAAUCAACUGUUUGGCGCCUUUGGAAGCUUGAUCACAAUCCCGAUUCGCUUUUAAUAACAAACGACGAAACUAAAAUCGCGACUGACUAUGCACUCCAAUAUAUAGAUAUGAAAACAUUUAAUCUUUUUGCGACUCCAGACACAAUUAUAAGCUCUUAUCACCCUUUGUCAAAGACUUUUGGUGAUCCGUUUGAAUGGAGUUUUAUUCCUGUAGAUGUCACCGCGAACCAGGGCAAAAAUAUUCGAACAAUAUUCCUUAGUAAAGGAAAUGGAAAUGUAUAUUUUUUCGAUAAAAUCGAAAAGAAUUGGAGACAAGUGAAAGAGUACCAAUUGAUACUUUCACCAAAAACUAUUCUUUAUGGUGAAAUCGUUGAGGAAAUUUUCAUCGAGAACAAUAAACAAAAGAUCAUCUAUUCGUUGCAUAUUAUAGACGCUAUCAUGUUAGGAGGUCUAAAUGUACGGAGCUUUCCGUUAUCUAAGAGAAUUAUCUUAUGCAGAAAAUUCGCAAAAGCCUUAAAUCGACCACUGUCCUCUAAAAAUAACACAGUUGUAAAAACCAUACCUGUUCGUUGUAAGCAUUUUUUUUCGAUGCUGGAUUUAGACGAAUUUUUCAGCAAUGUAUCUAUAAAAAAACUUUCCAGCGGCACCAAAGUGAUUGGAUGCGACAUUCAAAGUUUUGAUACAUUGGAACCGAAAAAGUUUUACAUUCCUCGUGGUUUACUCUUUUUACGCCAUUCACAGCAUAGCAGAACUGGAGCGAAGAUAUUAGAAAAUACAUUAGAAUUCGGAAAAACUUUUGGCUGUCGGUAUCUUUGGACAUGGACCAAAACUUGUCAAAUCUAUUCUUCUUCGCAAUGUUUCGAUGUGAAAAAAGAAGGUAAUCUGGUGUAUCGGAUGGAUUUUGACGAAUUGAUUGCUGAAUUUGAAAAAAACUAGAUUUACGAUUUCAUUCAUGAAUAUUUUGAAAAGACAAUGUUGAUUAGCACAAUGAAAUUUUUAUUCAUUGAUUUUCAUUCAAGCUAUUUAUGUAAAA